AUGGACGACUUGUCGGAGAGUGAUCCUCGUUUCGCGCGAAGGCAGGUCCUCGCAUCACUGAGCGACCCCACGCCGUUUCUUCCGGCGCAAGGGAGCUUCCGCACCCCAGAUCCGCCACGUACGGCGCUGCCGGCGCCUUUGCCGCCAUGGAGCGCCGUAGCCCGUUUCUCCUCUUCUCGGGGCCAGGGCUCCCGACCAAUCUCCGGAAACACAAUACUCUGCGCGCAGAGUCGGCAGUCUCAGGCGGGGCUCAGGCUGGCGCGGUUAGAUUUGACGACGGCGGAAAGCGGACGCGGCCGCGAACAGCGCGGGAGCAAGCAGCGGCGGAUUCUACCAAGCGAAGAUGAGGUAAAAGCCGCUGCCGCUGGCCACUUGGGUCACCACGUAAGUGGUGGCGUGGCUGAGCAUGCUGCCGCCUUUCAAAGGAGCUUUGGCGGCGGCAGCAGGAGCACAGCAGCAGGAGCAGCAGGAGGACUUAUCGGAGGAUCUAAUGCUACUAAUCUAGAAGCUCUCAGAGAUAGCAGUGACAUGCACUCUCAAUUGGCCCACCUGCUACAUCAGAACACUUCUCCCAUAGCUGCUGCUGCAGCGGCUGCUUCGGAGGCUGCUGCCAUACCAGCAGGUAACACCAAGUUGCAUGCUGUGGGUUUAGAAGAGAACCCAGUGACCACCGGACAAGAGGGUGCGGGAGGGCGGAUGGAGGGAGGAACGCCGGUAGGGGUCAUGGAAAGAAGGCAGCUUUGGGGCAUGGGCGCAGGAGUGCUGGGUAGAGGAAUGGGUGAAAGGAUGGAAGGAGGGUUGGGAGGAGGCGUAGGAGGAGGUAUGGGCGGAGGGAUGAGUGGGGGGAUGAAUGAGGGAAUGGGUGGAGUUCAGGGGAUGAGAGGAGGCGGCAUGGUGGGGCAGGACAUGACCAUGCUGCGACGUUCCAUGAACCAGAGAGACUCAAGUGACCCAAGCAACGCUACUCUGAUUCCCAUUGGCGCUGGCAUGCCUGGCAUGCCUGGCAUGCCUUCCGCUGCUGCUGGUUUCCGCCGCACAGCUCCUGGGUUCUGCAUGCCGGCUCAGCCGCUGGCAGGAGGAUCGGGCGGCGGGCUGCUGUAUGAGUGCCGGUUCUGUGGCAAGGGAUUUGCGCAGUCACAGUCUCUUGGGGGACACAUGAACACACACCGGCGAGAACGAGAGGCGGAGAAGAUCCUACAGAGUCAAGGAACCAUACUCACGAGAGAUGCGAGUCUGGGAGACGGAGAGGCGCAGCCGCAGCUGCAAGUGCCUGAUUAA